AUGAAAACAAAGUUCAUAAUCACUAUUAUAGCUGUACUCUAAUUAGAGAUAGUAUCAGGUUUGUCAAUCAAUGAUCCAGACUGUAUGAAAUAUUUGUGGAAGUUUGGAUAUUUCAAUUAUAGUGAGGGAUUAGGUCCUUUAAAAGUUGCUUUCACAGGUGAUGUCUCCUUUAUCACAGGAACUAAUAAUGCAAAGGUUAGCUUGAGAUAUAGUGAUGCUGAUCUUUUUAAUGAUCCAAUCUAUUUUGGUCUUACUAAAGAGGAUGGUAAAACAGAGGAUUAGGUUUGUCUUGAUCUUAAAUUAUGGAGAUAUACAUCUAAUAAAUACUCUGAUCCAUUGAAAGUCACUGAUUUAACAAUAAUACCAUCAAACAAUUCGGAAAAAUAAUGGAGAUAUUAUUCAUUCAUUAUUCCUUAAAAUGAAUUCAAAAUCAAAUUAGUUGAAACAUCUAAUUCUGAUUAAUUCAUUUACACAGGAUAUUAUGCACUUACAUUUUAUGCAACUGGAACAGAUUAACUCUAAUAUACAUUCUUUUUUGAACUUUCUCUUUCUAUUGAUAGAACAAAAGGCACUGCAUUUGAAUCUUUAUUUAAACCUUUGAGUAUUUUUUAUUAAGCAUGUCAUGGAAGGAGUGACUGCAUCCAGCAUGAUACAUAAUUAAAGUGGUGCACCGAUUUGAAAUGUACUGCAUAUGCUACCCCAGAUCUUCAUUUCAAAGAUGAGUUUAUUCUAUAAUAAGUUACUACUACUCCCGGAAUAUAGGGUUAUUAUUUGACUAAAACAGAAGUUUGGUACACAGGAAAAGGAUUAUUAAAGAAAGCAUCACCAAUUUCUAUAAAUAAUAAAAUUCGAGGAUAAGUCAUUAUUUCAUUGAAGGCUGAAAUUGUAUGGACUGAAGUCACAAUUAAAGUUAUUUCCACUUUGUCAAUAUUAUAAUCAGAAAGAAAAAGAGUGAGGGGUUAAACUGAAUUUGACAAAGUUUCUGGAGAAAGUUAAUAAAUUGAGUGUAUAAAAGCAUAAGGAUCAGAUACAUGUGUAACAUGUGAAUAAGAAUUAGAAAUUAAUGGGUUUGCUCAUGAUGGAUGUUAACUUCCCUAAUCUUAGGAAUAGAUGGGAUUUAUUUUCUGGGGGAUAGUUUUAAUUUUGAUAAUAAUAUUCCUUAAUUUAUCCGAAAUUAAAUCAUACAUAUUAUGA